AUGCUCACGGCUGUCUGCGGAUCUCUUGGGAACCAGUCCUCCGACGCGCCCCGCGCCUCGCCGACCCCCCUGGACCUGCAGCCGUUGCAGCCCUUCCAGCCCCCCCCGCCGGGCGCCGACUUCGCCUCUCCGCUGCCUCCCCCGGAGCUGCCGUUGCCGGGCCCCGACGUCGCCUUCGCCGCUCCAGGCACCUACGACCCCCAUGGCCCCCCGCGGAUAGAGCUGCCUCCCGACGGCCCCGCCGCCACCGGUUCCUACGCCAAGCUGCUGCAGGCGGCCCCCCCGGACAUGGCGCACCCCUACGAGCCCUGGUUUCGGCCCCCCCACCCCGCUCCCUCCGGAGAGGAGGGGGGGGUCAACUGGUGGGACCUCCACGCCGGGGCCAGUUGGAUGGAGCUGCCCCACACGCAGGGGGGUCUCCAGGUGCCCGCGCCCCCCGGCCUGCAGCCGCCCCUGGGGGGGGUAGGAGGGGGCGAAGCGCAGCUCUGCGCUCCCCCCGCCCAUCUGCUGCCCCCUGCCCAGCACCUGCUGGGGCCGGAGGGGGCGAAGGCGUUGGAGGGCCCCCCCCAGCCCGAAGCGGAGGGAGGCGGGCGGGCCAAAGGGGGCCGCCGGGCGGUGCCGCGAGGCGGGGGGCAGGCGGCGUGCCGUUGUCCCAACUGCCAGGAGGCGGAGAGGGGGGGGCCGUGCCCCGAGGGCUCCAAGCGCAAACACCUGCACAACUGCCACAUCCCGGGCUGCGGCAAAGCGUACGCCAAGACCUCGCACCUGAAGGCGCACCUGCGCUGGCACAGCGGCGAUCGCCCCUUCGUCUGCAACUGGCUGUUCUGCGGGAAGCGCUUCACCCGCUCCGACGAGCUGCAGCGGCACCUCCAGACCCACACGGGCACCAAGAAGUUCACCUGCCCCGUCUGCGGCCGCGUCUUCAUGCGCAGCGACCACCUGGGCAAGCACAUGAAGACCCACGACGGCGGCAAGGAGGGCGGAGAGCCCGACGUCAAGGGGAGCAACGAGCCGCCGGGGGGCAAAGGGGGCAAACGGGAGCCCGAGGGGGGCACGGCCGCCCCCACAAACUGA